GCUUGUUCCUACUCUGUGCUCCAAGAGUGGUGCCUCUGAGGUGUGACCCUGCCCACGUCUGGGCCCAGCCAGUGCCAGCUCCUCAGUAAGGAGGGCAGCUUGAAAACACAAAGAAAGCAGUGUCCACGAGUGGUACCAAGAGAAAGAAAAACAAGUCAACACAGACUCAUUUCCUACCCCAUGUGGAUGUCAGCUGUCACGGGGGGAAAUUUCAUAGUGUAUCAGUUGGGGCAGAAAAUGGAGUUUUAUGGCAAAGGCUUCUUAGAAGCUUAAAGCCCUGUCCCAAUGACGUCGAGUUCGCCUGUUGGCUUGGAAGGUUCAGACCUGUCUUCCAUCAAUACCAUGAUGUCAGCGGUAAUGAGUGUAGGGAAGGUCGCCGAGAAUGGCGGGAGCCCGCAGAGCAUCAGGUCCCCUGCGAAGCCUCCAGGACCAAACCGGAUUGGCAGAAGGAACCAGGAAACGAAAGAGGAGAAGUCUUCCUAUAACUGCCCCCUGUGUGAAAAGAUUUGCACUACCCAGCACCAGCUGACUAUGCACAUUCGCCAGCACAACACGGACACUGGAGGAGCUGACCACUCGUGCAGCAUCUGUGGGAAGUCACUGAGCUCGGCCAGCUCCCUGGAUCGUCACAUGCUGGUGCACUCUGGCGAGAGGCCUUACAAGUGCACUGUGUGUGGCCAGUCGUUUACCACCAAUGGGAACAUGCACAGACAUAUGAAGAUCCACGAGAAGGACCCGAACGGUGCCACAGCUGCAGCUCCUCCGUCUCCUCUGAAGCGCAGGCGGCUGUCCUCUAAGAGGAAACCGAGUCACGAUGCCGAGUCGGAGAGAGAAGACCCAGCACCAGCUAAAAAGAUGGUGGAAGACGGGCAGUCAGGUGACUUGGAGAAGAAGGCCGAUGAAGUCUUUCACUGCCCAGUAUGUUUCAAGGAGUUUGUUUGCAAGUACGGACUGGAGACCCACAUAGAGACCCAUUCAGAUAACCCACUAAGAUGUGACAUUUGCUGCGUCACCUUCCGAACACAUCGGGGACUGCUGCGCCACAAUGCACUCGUCCACAAACAGCUUCCCAGGGAUGCAAUGGGAAGGCCUUUCAUACAGAACAACCCCUCGAUUCCUGCUGGCUUCCAUGACUUAGGAUUCACUGACUUCUCCUGUAGGAAGUUUCCUCGCAUUUCUCAGGCCUGGUGUGAAACAAACCUGCGAAGGUGCAUCAGCGAGCAGCACCGCUUCGUCUGUGACACCUGCGACAAGGCGUUCCCCAUGUUCUCCUCGCUCACCCUGCACAAGCAGACCCACGUUGCUGCGGACCAGGGCCAGGAGAAACUGCAGGCCAAGACCCUGCCUGGUGACGCCCCGGACCAAAAGAUCUUCCUGGCCUUUCUGGGCCUGCAGCACACCAAAGACAUCAGGCCUGCCCCCACCGAGGAGCCCCUGCCAGAUGACAACCAAGCAAUACAGCUCCAGACACUCAAGUGUCAGCUACCUCAGGACCCCGGCUGCACCAGCGUGCUGAGUCUGUCUCCUUUCGAAGCUGCUUCCCUGGGCGGUUCUCUCACGGUCCUCCCUGCAACCAAGGAGAGCAUGAAGCAUCUGUCCCUGCAGCCCUUCCAGAAGGGCUUCAUCAUCCAGCCGGACAGUAGCAUCGUGGUCAAGCCCAUCUCUGGAGAGUCAGCCAUCGAGCUGGCCGACAUCCAGCAGAUUCUGAAGAUGGCGGCCUCGGCUCCCCCUCAGAUCAGUCUUCCGCCUCUCUCCAAGGCCCCUGCCGCCCCCCUGCAGGCGAUUGUCAAGCACAUGCCCCCUCUGAAGCCAAAGCCCCUGGUCACGCCACGGACGGUGGUGGCCACCUCCACGCCCCCGCCUCUCAUCAAUGCCCAGCAGGCCUCGCCCGGCUGCAUCAGCCCCAGCCUCCCGCCGCCACCCCUGAAGCUCCUCAAAGGCUCGGUGGAGGCGGCCUCCAACGCGCACCUGCUGCAGUCCAAGUCCGGGGCCCCGCCAAACGCAGCCACGCAGCUCUUCCUGCAGCAGCCGCGGGUGGAUCUGCCCAGCCAGCCUGAGAUGAAGACGCAGUUGGAGCAGGACAGUAUCAUCGAGGCCCUGCUGCCGCUGAGCAUGGAGGCCAAGAUCAAGCAAGAGAUCACCGAGGGGGAGCUCAAGGCCAUCAUGACAGCGCCCGGUGGCAAGAAGACGCCCGCCAUGCGCAAGGUGCUCUACCCCUGCCGCUUCUGCAACCAGGUGUUCGCCUUCUCCGGGGUGCUGCGCGCCCACGUGCGCUCCCACCUGGGCAUCUCGCCGUACCAGUGCAACAUCUGCGACUACAUCGCCGCCGACAAGGCCGCGCUCAUCCGCCACCUGCGCACUCACAGUGGGGAGCGGCCCUACAUCUGCAAGAUCUGCCACUACCCCUUCACCGUCAAGGCCAACUGCGAGCGGCAUCUGCGCAAGAAGCACCUCAAGGCCACCCGCAAGGACAUCGAGAAAAACAUCGAGUACGUGAGCAGCACCGCGGCGGAGCUGGUGGACGCCUUCUGCGCCCCGGACACCGUGUGCCGGCUGUGCGGGGAGGACCUGAAGCACUACCGCGCCCUGCGCAUCCACAUGCGCACGCACUGCGGCCGCGGCCUGGGUGGCGGCCACAAGGGCCGCAAACCCUUCGAGUGCAAGGAGUGCAGCGCCGCCUUCGCGGCCAAGCGCAACUGCAUCCACCACAUCCUCAAGCAACACCUGCACGUGCCGGAGCACGACAUCGAGAGCUAUGUGCUGGCGGCCGAUGGUGGCCUGGGCCCCGGGGAGGCGCCGGCGGCCGAAGCCUCCGGGAGGGGCGAGGAGGGAGGCUGCACUGCCUUUGGGGACCGCAAGCCCCUCGCAGCCUUCUCGGAGCCCCAAAAUGGCUUUCUUCACGGGGGCCCCACCCAGCCUCUGUCUCCUCACGUCCCGGUCAAGUUGGAGCCCCCCAGUGGCUUUGCAGUGGACUUCAACGAGCCCCUGGACUUUUCUCAGAAGGGCCUGGCUCUGGUCCAAGUGAAGCAGGAAAACGUCUCCUUCCUGAGCUCUUCUACCCUGGUCCCCUAUGACUGUUCCAUGGAGCCCAUCGACCUGUCCAUCCCCAAGAACUUCAGGAAAGGCGAUAAGGAUACAGAUGCUCCCAGCGAAGCCAAGAAGCCUGACCAGGAUGCAGGGAGCGGUGAGCAGCCCUCUCCUUGUCCACCACCCUGCCCUUCCCUGCCAGCGACUUUGGGACCCAGUGGGAUCCUGGAAAGCCCCUCAAGCCCUGCAGCGGCUGUUACAACAGCCACUGCCCUGGAACCGCACGCUCAGCCCCUCCAGGGCUCCGUUCAGCUGGCCGUGCCCAUCUACUCCUCAGCUCUUGUCAGUAGCCCAUCCCUCUUGGGCAACUCAACCCUCCUGAGCAGCCCAGCCUUGCUACGGCCACUGCGGCCAAAGCCCCCCCUGCUCUUGCCAAAGCCCCCCGUGACCGAAGAGCUGCCCCCACUGGCCUCCAUCGCCCAAAUCAUCUCAUCCGUGUCCUCGGCCCCCACCCUGCUGAAAACCAAGGUGGCAGAACCGGGACCCAGGAGCACUGGGAGUAACAUGGCUUCUGAUGGUUUAGGAGGCUCUGUCCCCAAAGCCACCACCGCCCCCACCACAAGCCCAAAAGAGUCCACCGACCCACCCCCUCCUGCCAGCAGCCCAGAGGUGGCCUCACCCACGGAGCAGGGGCCAGGUGGCUCAUCAAAGAAGAGGGGCCGGAAAAGGGGGACAAGGAGCCGGCCCCGAGCCAACAGCGGCGGGGUGGACCUAGACUCCAGUGGGGAGUUUGCUAGCAUUGAGAAGAUGCUGGCCACCACAGACACCAACAAGUUCAGUCCAUUUCUGCAGACCACAGAGGAGGAUGCUCAGGAUGAGGUGGCCGCUGACCACCAUGGGCCCAGUGAUGAAGAGCAGGGCAGCCCCCCAGAAGACAAGCUGAGGGCAAAGCGGAACUCCUACACCAACUGCCUGCAGAAGAUCAACUGCCCCCACUGUCCCCGGGUCUUUCCUUGGGCCAGCUCCCUGCAGAGGCACAUGCUCACACACACUGGUCAGAAACCCUUCCCUUGUCAAAAAUGCGAUGCCUUCUUUUCUACCAAAUCUAACUGUGAACGCCACCAGUUGCGCAAACACGGAGUUACCACCUGUUCCCUGAGAAGAAACGGGCUUAUCCCCCAGUCAAAAGAGAGUGAUGUUGGAUCCCAUGAUAGCACAGACAGCCAGUCAGACGCAGAGCCGUCGGCCACGGCGGGCGAAGUGCUGGAUCUCACUUCGAGGGACAGGGAGCAGCCGCCAUCCCAGGGAGCCACUGAGCUUGGUCAAGACUCAGGGGACCCUCCUGCAGAGGAAGCCGAGGAGGGAUCGGCCUCCCCUGCGUGUGGGGAAGAGAAGGGGACCCAGGAGAACCAGAAGCCAGAGGAGGAGCACGGCACAGAGGAGAGAGCCGGGGACGCCGACGGCGCGGAGGAAGACACGGCCAGCAACAAGAGCCUGGACCUGGACUUCGCCAGCAAGCUCAUGGACUUCAAGCUGGCCGAGGGCGAGGCGGGCACUGUAGGCAGCGGCGGCGGCUCUGCCCCGCAGGACCAGAAGCACGCCUGCGACACCUGCGGGAAGAGCUUCAAGUUCCUGGGCACCCUGAGCCGCCACAGGAAGGCACACGGCCGCCAGGAGCCCAGGGAGGAGAAGGGUGGGCCACCUCCCGAAGGUGAGGGCGGAGUGGCAGAGAGGCCACCACCCAGCCCUGAGCCGGAGGAGAAGCCCACGGAGCCCGAGGCGAUGGCGCCGGAGCCGGCCCCGGGCGUGGAGGAGCCGUCAGCCGAGAAGCAGACGGAGGAGGCCGAGGGCCCCUCCGAUGGGGAGGGCGCGGCCGAGAAGAGGUCCUCGGAGAAGAGUGAUGAUGACAAGAAACCAAAGACAGACUCCCCCAAAAGCAUGGCCAGCAAGGCCGACAAGAGGAAGAAAGUCUGCAGCGUGUGCAACAAGCGGUUCUGGUCGCUGCAGGACCUGACCCGGCACAUGCGGUCCCACACAGGGGAGAGGCCGUACAAAUGUCAGACCUGCGAGCGAACCUUCACCUUGAAGCACAGCCUGGUUCGCCACCAGCGGAUCCACCAGAAAGCCAGGCACGCCAAACACCACGGGAAGGACAGCGACAAGGACGAGCGGGGUGAGGAGGACAGUGAGAACGAGUCCACCCACAGCGGCAACAACCCCGUCUCGGAGAGCGAGGCCGAGUUGGCUCCCAACACCAGCAACCACAUGGCUGUCACCCGGAGCCGGAAAGAGAGCUUGGCCACCUCAGCCAAGGACUGCGGCCGCAGGGAGGAGAAGGCCUCCGCGGGGCGGGCGGCCGAACCCAGCCGGGGCGACCCCGACGCCGAGAGCCCCGCAGUCCUCGCACGAGACCUGCCGGAGCCGCGCAGCAAGAGGCCUGGCCAGCCGGUCCCGGCUGGUGACGGUGCCUCGCAGCUCCUGGGGAUGGAGUGACAGCCCGCCCGCCCCCUCAGCACACAGACGAAAGCCGGCAGAGCAGAGCGUCUGAGUCUGUACUCACGAGGUUUCUCGCUCCCUCCGGCUGUCGGGGAGCGAGCGAGAGACGCGAGUGUGGCCGCCACCCAGUGCCAUAGCCUCACCGCGGGCGUGCGCGGCCGCAGCGCGCCCGUCCCAGUGCCUUGACUGCUCACCGGAUCCUGCGCCUCAUCGCGGGCGUCGUUUUUCCAAAAUGACUUCUUUAAAAAAGAAAACGAAUGUUUUAAUGAAUUGUCUGGAAAGGACCUCUCCAUUCGAGCAUUAACGUUGCCUUUUGUGUUGGUGCGUGUGAGCUUGUCCUCGUGAACCUGCGACAGCACUGUUCGUUCUGUGAGCUGGAAACAAGAAAAAACACGCCCUUGGAUACCCAUCGCCGUAACUGGAAGAAAAUGAUGUGAACUUCAUGAGUGACCCGAGCAGAGGUGGAUAAGAUGAUAAUUUCUCAGAUAGACCUUUUUUUUCUGUUUGAUACGUUGCGGAGCCGUCAUCUGGUCCUUGGUGUUACAGGAUGUGGUUGAUAAAGGCUUCCAAUAUGGUUUCAAGCCAAAACCAGGAAAGGUUCUCGCUUCGACCUCGUAUGUGUUUCUGUUCUUUCAGCAUUAGCCGUGGUUGCUGUUCAAGUUUCAAGACAUUCAUUCUUAAUUUACAGAGAAGAGUGUAGCCCCCCUCCCCCCAGCAGCUUGACCAUGGAAAACACGUACGGAUGGCAUACGUUUGAUUUUCCCUCUCUCCCUUUUCGGUAUAUAUGUUAUUAACGUUAUUAUUAAUAUAUUUUUAGUUCAUCGGUUUCCUGGUCUCUGCAGUCAGCAGAAACAAAUGGGCAAUAUUUGUCCUGGGAGACCUGGCUGCUCCCGGGUCCCCGUGUAAACCUUUGCCUGUGGCUGCCGCUGGCACCCUUGGGCGGUAGCUCUUCUGCUAUACUCAGACAAGCCUUUCUUCCGUGACUGCAGAACCCAGCGGGGGCCGUGAGCGGCCCUCCCAAACACGGCCAAGGAGCAGCUCAGAGAGGGGAGAGCGAGGAUGCAGGCGUCCGGGGAGCAGGCGUGGAGGAGCGAGGGCGUGCCCGGAGCACUGCAGAGGCGGCUUCCAGAAGCCAAGGCAGUGAGGAGCACGUCACUCACGAGCAAGGUAUCCCCAGUCUUCCUGCUAAGCCCAGUCCAGGCCUUACCCAGCUGUGCUACUGUCAUUUGCAAAGCGAGGAAAUACUACUACUGGUAAUAAAACUACACAUGCAAGAUGUCAGAUGAGAAACAGGUUUAUAUUUACCUUCCUGCGAUUCGGGGUUGGUGCUUGAAGAUAAAUGUGCUGUUUCUAGUUUCUUAAAUAGCCCAAACCCCUGGGUGCAAAAAGGCAGGAUUCUUUUUACCCAUGAGCAUCCUGUGCCAGCGAUAGACUCCCCCGCUGGAGAACCUGCAGCGAGGAGGAUGUAUCCUACUGUAGCUGAGCUCGAGGACGCCGAGCCAGCCCGUGCCGGGGAUCCCUGUGUUCGCUCCACUGGGAGCCUCCUGCCUCCCCUGGGGCGGCGUCCCUCUGCCCCACGUCCCUCCCCCGGCUCCCCACGGCCCCUCGGGCUCCUUUACUGAGACUUGUGCACACAGGGCCACACACGCCCCCUUUUCUCCACUUCACCAUUUCUAGUGGCUGGAAUCCAACCUGCCAGACUUCAAAGGAAGAUAGAUAGUUGUGAGAUACUGAAAAGUGAUGUCUUUGCAUACGAAAGGAAAAAGGUUGAGGUAUAUAUGAUUUUAACUGUAUUAGGGAUGUAUGAACCAGUUUAAAAACGAAGUUUUAUUUACUGUAGAGAUGAAUACAAAUCAGAACCAAUGAUCCCUUGGUCUACUUAGUUAAAACCAGUUCAUACAUCCCUUAGGGUUUUUUAUUAUUAUUAUGAUUGUUAUUGUUAUUUUUGUUGUUGUCAUUAUUUGGGGUUUCUUUGUGUUUUGUUUUUCUUUGCAACUCCCCACACUAAACUCGCAAUAUUGUGGGGAGAAGCCGUGACUAAACUCUACGCUGCGGUGAGAUGUAGCAGGAAUCAGCUCCCGGCCACGUGCAGCCGGGGCUGCAGCUCGCAAUAAUCACUAUUGAUUUAAAGCUUUAUUUAGCCUUCAUCUGUACCCUCGUAGUCAAUAAGGUCUUGCCACAUUUUAUUAGUGAGGUUGAGAAAUGUAUUAUUUGUUUGUUGUUCUGCCCCUCCCCCAAUAUUAAACUGUGAAAUUUGUGAUUUGUUUAAACUCUGGGUGAAUCAUAGCUUAGUUUGCAUGUCCAGCUAAUUUGUUUCUAUACAUUUUGUUUGAUUCUCUUUCUCCUUCUCUCAGGGCUUUUACAAAAAAAAUAUAUAUAUAUGGAUCUUCUGAAAAGUUUUUUGAGGUGCAAGUUUUUUCUCUUUUGUUUUUUCUCUUUGAUUAAUGGACACAAUGCUGAGAUUCAGUCACUACAUGAAACACCUGGCUGUGAAAACAAAACAAAAAAGACCCCAAAGGCUGUUUUCCAGGCAGCGCUGGGGAAGCUACGUAACAGUCGGAUGCCAGUUUCAGAAAGAUUCAUCAUACGUUCUGACCCUCUGUUUGUCUCUUUCCUCUCCUCUCUUUCUUCAAGAAGGAAGUUGAUCCUAGUGAUUUCAGCCCAUGCAUUAAACAGGAAACAAUAAUAAAUGUGUAGAAUUCAUAUUUCUCUAAAGGGAACUUAAAAACUGCUGCUACAUGUUAUGUACAAAACUGGUUUAUGCCACAUGAACAGAGAAUCACAAGUUUGGUUUUGGUACUUUUUGUUCCUCUCGUAUUCAGUUGUAUAGAACUUCCAAAUUGAGAAUGAAAAGAAAGCUGUUCUGUAUCAAACCAUCUAAGCAAUAAAUGUUAUAUUUUAAAAGCGGCA